AUUACACAUAUUCGGUAGCUUAUCAGUCCUGUGUCGCAUCCAAAUCACGCAUAAAACAACUAACUUAGUGCAACUAAAAGUGCAAAAAAAAAGAGCGAGUGUUUAACUUACAAAUUUGAUCACAAUGUCAAGUCGUAGUCUUUCAGUAUUUAAAAGAUCGUUGCUCCGGCAAAAGUGUGAGCUGCCCCAGCAGAAGGUGCCCAUGUCGCAAUCCGUUAUAAAGAAGCACAUUAUCCAGCAGCGCCGCGAGCCCAAUCCAGAGUAUCAUCAUGCACCGUCGACCUAUGUCAAGAAUUUCAAGAACCAUCAACAGCAAAUCAAAAAGGAGAAGGAGAACUUCUCGCACUGGAAUGCCCGUUAUCGUUGGGCCGAUUUUCGUCGACGCAUGAUAUAUGGUACACAUGAUAUAUAAGUGGUAAUGGUAGACUCAGAAGCUUGCAAACUUGGAGAGUAUAAGACAUUCACUAACCUUGAACUAUAAGAGAGGAAUAACAGUCGAAAGCGUGUUCACCUACUUUAUUCCU